AGUACUCCGUAGGAGCUGUCAGUAUCAACGAGUGAUGAAACUUGGCGAGGUCAGACCUGGCGACCUAGCGACGUGUAUACCCUCGGGCUUGGGUAACCCACAAUCUUUGGGCCAGGGCAAUUAGCAACCUGGAACGAAUUGUGGCGGGCGAGCUGUCGCUGCGAAACAUGCGGUUAAUCGCCACUGGGAGAGCGCUCCGAGUGAGCUACGAACGACCCGCCGUCGCAAUUGCUCGCCGUCCAUGGUGUGGCCAGUUCUUCCCCCGGGCCUGGCAAGUUUCACGGAGUACCAGUAGCUCUACAACAGCUCCACAAUCCUCUGCAAAUGCCCCGGACGCGCUGAAAAAUGUUUUUCAGCGAUCAGCAGAGCAAGCCCGACAGGCAUCUACCCUUCCGGUCGCCGACAAAACAUAUGCUCGAGACGAAUGGACCAAUACCUCGCAAACCAUCCUCUCCCACGUCGGACGUCGCCUCUACCUUGACGAAAACCACCCUCUCUCGAUCACGCGCAAGCUCAUAGAGAGCCAGUUUACCGGCCCUGAGUUUGGGAAUUAUGUUGAAAAGAAUCCUAUCGUUUCCGUCGCACAGAAUUUUGAUGACUUAGGCUUCCCAGCCGACCACCCCGGUCGUAGCCGAACGGAUACGUAUUAUAUCAACAAAGAUACAGUCUUACGAACACAUACCAGUGCCCAUCAGCGUGCAUAUUUUCAGCAGAUGCACAGAAAUGAGAAUAUUAAGCCGGAAGAAAAAGGAUACACAAUAGUUGCUGACGUCUACCGUCGUGAUGCGAUUGAUAGAAGCCAUUAUCCUGUCUUCCAUCAGAUGGAAUGUGCAAGGCUCUGGAAGCGCCCAGUCACAGCGGCUGCCAUUAUGGAGGAUUUGAACAAACUCGCACGCCACGACGUUCCCGUCCAGGAUCCCAGCCCAACUGUCCAUCCCGAGAGAAACCCUUUGCAGGACAAGCACCAUACGCUCGAAGUGGCCGACGCCAUUGUUGCUCAUCUGAAGCGUUCACUCGAACUCCUUGUCAUCAAGAUUUUCUCUGCUGCUAAAGAGGCGGCUGGCGACGACGCGAAACAGGAGCCUCUCAAAAUGCGAUGGGUCGAAGCCUCUUUCCCAUUCACAAGCCCUAGUUACGAGCUAGAGGUAUUUUGGCAGGGCGAGUGGCUAGAGAUCCUUGGUUCCGGGGUUGUCAAACAGGAACUGCUCAUCUCAUCGGCCGUCCCGGAGCAUAUUGGAUGGGCCUUUGGUUUGGGAUUGGAGCGGAUCGCCAUGCUCUUGUUUAACAUUCCCGAUAUCCGUCUAUUCUGGUCUCAAGAUCCUCGAUUCCUGUCUCAAUUUGAAGCUGGCAAAAUUAGUCGAUUCAUGCCCUUUUCUAAGCAUCCUGCUUGCUACAAAGACGUUGCAUUCUGGCUUAGACCUUCUAGCGCGGCAAGUGCUGCGGGAGGUUCCGUGCCGUUCCAUGAAAAUGAUAUCAUGGAAAUCGUUAGAGAUGUUGCUGGAAGUCUAGUUGAAGAUGUUAGACUGGUGGAUGAGUUUACCCAUCCGAAAACUGGGCGCAAAAGUUUAUGUUACCGCAUCAAUUACCGGAGUUUGGAGAGGACACUGACCAACGAAGAGACCAACCUUUUGCAUGAAAAAGUGAGAGAGAAACUGGUGGACAAAGUUGGUGUCGAGUUGAGAUGAAAGCUAUUCAGCUUGCGAAUGUUUGGUGCUAUGACCCCGUUUCCACUCUACGCAAAAACAUAGACUUGGUUUGGCAACCUAUACUUAGCUUCUUCUUACUUAGAAUCAAGGCUGGAAUGCAUGGACUAGACAAAAGUCAGAACUAUGCAGUAUAUCGUGUAUUAUCAGCCGAUUUUUCUUUUUC